AUGGCCAGGAAGCGGCGCACCAAGAAGCGCAACAAGGGAACCAGCACACGACCAGACCCCGCGCAGGGCGCCGAGUCCAGCAUGUCCACCACCGACGAGCUCGCCUCCCACUCGAGCGACGGCCUGUCGAGCGGCAUGCGCGAUACCGGGAGCGCCGCCACCGAGAUGACGAGCGUCAUGGGCAGCACCGAAGAUGGUUCGCAGGCCGGUCUCGAGGCCGACGAGGAGUGGAAUUCGCAAGAGGAGGAGGGCAUGGAGGUUGACGAUGACGAUAAUUUUUCUGUGUUUGCGCCGAGUCACUACCCUCGACCGAGCGAGUCGCAUCGCACCGAGAUGCCCUACAUGACGUCGCCAAAUCACCAAGACAUGUCGUCAACGAGGUCAUUCAUGGAGCGAGAGUUGGACUACCAGUGGGAAAACGGUCGUCGAUACUGCGGAUCCCACUACCACCUUCCAAACGAUGAGUGGGAAAUGUGCCGCAUGAGCUUAAUCCACAGAGUCUAUCUCCACGUUUUCGACGGCAAGCUGAGCACGGUACCGAUGGAGAACCCACAGAGGAUACUAGACGUCGGCACGGGCAUUGGCGAGUGGGCGAUAGGCAUGGCGGACGAGUUCCCCAACUGCGAGGUCAUUGGCACAGACAUUUCCGCCAUAGCGCCCACGUCAAUACCGAUGAACUGCUUCUUCGAAGUCGACGACGCCGAGCUCGAGUGGGAGCGCGAGCUCAACUCGUUCGACCUGGUACACUUCCGCCACAUGAUGGGCGCCUUCCUCGACUGGAAUUUUAUCUACAAGGAGGCCUUCAAGGUCAUCCGCCCCGGCGGCUGGAUCGAGCUGCUGGACUGGGACGACCAGCAGGGCUUCAAGAAGUUCCUCUCAGAGUUCCCUCCCACGUCCGAGAUCCACGAGCUCUCGAGAGACCUGACGCAGGCGGGCGUCAAGGCCGGGCGGGCGAGAGGCGUCGCGCACAUGAACCCGAAGCUGUUGACGGAUGCCGGCUUCACCGAUAUUAAGCUGACGGAGCACACGAUACCUAUUAAUCUCGAGUCGAGCGAGGGCAAGCUGUGGCUGAUUGCCUGCAUCGACGGCCUGGAAGCCGAGUGCCUGCGGCCGCUCACAAAGUACAUGGGCUGGGAGCCCGAUCACGUAAAGACGGCGUGCCACAACGUCGCGAGGGAGAUGGCGCGCCUGGCGAGGGAUCCGAUCAAGUCGCAUGGUCUCAUCGUCAAGGCGCGCGUAUUGGUGGGAAGAAAGCCGACGACUGCGGUCACGCCGCCGAGGGUGUACCCGAUUUUUAACGACGACGCGGAUGAGACGGAUGAUACCGCGCGUGAGGAUGCUUGCAGCAGACACCAUGACGAUGACGAGUCCGCCAUUGAGACGGCGGCCUGA